AUGUGGGUGUUCGGUGUCCGUGGAGGAGCCGGUGCGUGCCCUGCAGCACCGGAAAAAUAUGUCUACCCAAAAUACGCACAAAUUGUGGAUGAGUCCUCUGUUUCUAAUUAUAUGCCAGAUGCUGAAGUGACUUCAUUCAACAACUAUUUUGAUUUGAUCCUAUCUACCACCCUUGUCUCAGACUCGCGGUAUACAAGAAAUCUUGUGGACAGUGGAAAUGGAAAGUUCAACUUGAUGAUCUUGUGCUGGGGUGAAGGGCACGGCAGCAGCAUCCAUGAUCACACCGACUCACACUGCUUUAUGAAGAUCCUCCAGGGAAAUCUAAAGGAGACUCUGUUUAAAUGGCCUGAGAAAAAAGGGAAUGGUGAAAUGAUUAAAAAAUCAGAACGAGUUUUAAGGGAAAAUCAAUGUGCCUACAUUAAUGACUCCAUUGGCCUGCACCGUGUGGAGAACAUCAGCCACACGGAGUCUGCCGUUAGCCUGCAUUUGUACAGCCCACCUUUCGACAGCUGUAAUACCUUUGAUCAGAGGACUGGACACAGGCACAAAGUCAAGAUGACCUUCUACAGCCAGUUCGGGGAAAGGACUCACUGUGCAACAGCAGUGCCACAGGAGAACAACUGA